CAUUGAACUGACUCCUGAACUUGAAGAAACGAGUCGAAGAGUGGCGGGAAAAUAAGUAAUCCUUAAACAUUUCGUUGUUUUGUUGACAAUAACGAAUAUUUUAAUAAUGACAACUAGGUCACAAAAGAAAGCAUCAUCUACUGAAACAAAAGACUCAGAAGUUUUAAAAAACCGUAUAGAAAACUCUUGGAUUCUUCUUGCAAAGGAAUCGUUACUCAAUAAUAGUAAUUUUAGUAUAAUAACACUACCUCAUCCGGCACAUGGAGAUCCAACAAAGUAUUGUUUAGAUGAAGUUAACCACAAGAUGUAUGAAAUCAUAACAUUCAGUGAACCAUAUAGAUCGUGGUUCAUAGAAGAUACUGUUAAAUCUGAUGGGGGUUUCUUAAUGAUGACACCAAUGAAUCCAUUAUUUUUAGUUUUACCAAGAUUAAGGGAACAAUGUAGCAACAGAGCAAUACCAUUAGAAGACUUAUUAGCAGAAAAAGGUUUUGAUAAAAUCAUUGAUUUCAUUGUUAAUGUAGAUAUAAUCGCUGAUUUAAAAGGUCCAGCUGACAUCAAGGCCUACAAAUAUAAUGAAGAAAAAACCUUAAACUGGCUUGAAAGCAAAGUACGUAAACUAGCUCAAAAAUUAAAUGAAAAAAAUGUGCAUGUUACGUCAGGUGCUGUAUCUGCAACAUUUGUGUCAAGCAGUGCUAACAAUGAGCAUGUUGAUGAAGAGUUUUAUCUUAAAUAUGCCAAUGGAAUCAUAUCAGGGUAUCUUGAAGAUUAUUUAAUAGAAAAACUGGAAAAGUGUUUUGAUUUUAAAACAGAAUUAAUAGAAUAUAUUGGUAAUAAAAGAAAAUCAGAAGCAGAUGAUAUUGAAACAAACAAAAGAAUUAAGCAUGAAACCAAUGAAGAUUCUAAAGACAUAAAAAUGAUCUUAAAUAAUUCAGUAACAGAAAUAAAAAAACCAAAAACAUUAUCAGCAAAGGAAAAAGCAAGGCAAAAGGCUGCUACUGGAACAAAAACAAUAUCUUCUUUUUUUAGUAAAAAGUAAUAAAACUUUGUGAAAAAUGUUAUUGUUUUAAGAAUCAUAAUAAUAAAUGUAAUAUAAAGGCAA